UUGGACAUAAAUGCUCCCACUCCCGUUUGUGUUUUUAAGUGGGAUUCCCCGACAACGUGCUCGGUUCUGAAAAGACAAUAUUUUGGCUGCUCUGUCGAAUGUUUGAAAGCUUCCCCCAAAUCAAAUACGCGUGGGUCACCAUCUCUGGAAAGAGUUGCAACGCAGAAAAAGCAUGGAAGACACCAGCUUCGACCUGACUUCCUUGCCACUAAGCCAGGACACAUUUCAUGCGCUGUGGGAAAACGUCGUUAACACCAUUUCCAACGAAAAUAAUGCGCCUCAGGGGACACUGGAUGAGGCCAACCAGAUGCAGUUACUCGAGCAAGCACAAUCAUUGCCUGACUUUGACCUUCUUCUGGACGAAGGAUUGCCUGGAGAAAUCCCGACUCAGGAGUUCGCCAACCCUCCGUCGUCUACCGUCCCAGUAACCACCGACCACGCAGGAGACUUCGGAUUUGAGCUCUGCUUCCAGAAAUCUGGAAUGGCCAAAUCGGUCACCUCAACUUAUUCUGAAAUGUUGAAUAAGUUGUACUGUCAGCUGGCAAAGACGAGCCCGAUUGGGAUUAUGGUAGCAGGGGAGCCUCCUCAGGGUGCCAUUGUGAGGGCCACAGCGGUAUACAAGAAAACCGAACACGUGGCAGAGGUCGUAAAACGGUGCCCACAUCACCAAAGCUCUGAUAAAGGCUCUGACAACAUCAGCCAUCUUAUUAGAGUGGAGGGCAGCAAGCUGGCCCUUUAUUUUGAGGAUCCCAACACCAAAAGGCAGAGUGUGACCGUGCCUUACGAACGCCCACAGUUGGGAUCGGAGAUGACAACAAUUCUUCUCAGUUUUACAUGUAACAGUUCCUGCAUGGGUGGAAUGAAUAGGAGGCCCAUUCUCACCAUCCUCACCCUUGAGACACCAGUAGGGGAGGUUUUGGGCAGAAGGUGCUUCGAGGUCCGGGUCUGUGCCUGUCCUGGCAGGGACCGUAAAACUGAGGAAGAGAAUAAGGACAAAAAUGGGACCAAACAGCUGAAGAGAAGAAAGAGCGCUGCUGCUCCUGACACAUCGGCUGCGAAAAAAUCCAAGCCCACUUCUAGCGGAGAGGAGGAGGAAAAAGAGAGUUACACUCUCACCAUUCAGGGACGUAACCGUUACCUCUGGUUCAAGACCCUCAAUGACGGUCUGGAGCUCAUGGACAAAGUAGGGAACAAGAAGCAAAAACAGGAGAUCCCUGCUCCCCCCAGCGGGAAGAGGCUGAUACGCGAGCGCAGCGACAGUGACUAAUCUGUAUCCCUUCAAUUUCCCUCUGGUUUAUGUUCAGGUUUUUAUUUUUGAAAUAUACUGGCUGUAUUCUUUAAUCACUGAACACCGUUUUCGUCGAUGCUAACAACAGAGAGCCAUUUGUACUGUAAGCAGCUGUCCUUACUGCCUUCAAUAUCUAGAAACGUCCAACGAAAUGGCAUCAAUAUGUUUAUGCUGGAGUUAAAAGGAUGUUUGAGUCAGAGGCUAAAAUGAGAUUUUUACCAAGCAGAACAAAUGUAUGUCAAUUUAGGUGUUUGAUUUACAUUUAAUACAUUUUUAAUUUUUUUUAUAUAUAUAUAUUUUUUGCAAACAUUGUAAUCGCUUUGUUGAAGUAGGUCUAAGCUAUUCCUGUUGAAACUGGUUUCAUGUUGUUACAAAACAAAUCACUGCCGUUUCUCUACAAAUCCGUCUGGUUCUAUGGAGUUGUAUGCAGGCUGGAUCUUACUCUCUUCCUGCUGCUUUCAUUCAGACCAGAGAAACAAGCCAACUGACUGAUCCUAGAAGUUAAGUCCUUUUCUGACAGCAACUCGAAUACACUCAAUUAAUGGUAUUUUAGUUUGGCCUGGAUCAUUAUGGUGGAGGAUCUAUUGCUUCCCUAAGCUUAAAUAUUCGUCUAAUGCACAUGUCAGAGGAGGCUUAUAAAAUGGAUUUGUAGGCCAGGCGUCCUCGUUUCUCCAACCUGAGGUGAUUAAGUUGCACUCUGCAGGUUUUCAUUUUAGUAACUAGUUAGGAUUCUGUGAAGACGUUGGUCACUAAUAUCCAUCCUAUGCCGGUAAUUAUGUUCAUAGUGGAUUGAAUUAAGGAGGAAAUCAUUUUCCUGUUUAAGCCAAAUAAAACUGCACCUCGUGGCGUUAAACUGUUUAUUACAAAGCUGUAUUUUUUUUUUUCAUAGUUAAAAUAUUAGGAGGUUUUAGUAUCUUUUUGUUUUUCCUCCAUUUUGUAGUAGUUUUAUCUCCUUGGGAACAUUUUUCUAUACUUUUUUUUUCUAAAAGUAGUGUUUGUAGAGGAGGGGCUGGCUGGAUCACCCCUAAAACAUGAGUUGUUUUUUUUUUAUACAGAACUGUAUUAAAUUUAUCCAAAAAAAAAUGGUGCCCCUGUUAUAAAAACCAAUUUGACUUUUAAUACUGAAAAACCUAAAUAUUUUACUUGUACUGUAUUCAUAAUUGAUGAGUCACAUCUUUACAGCAGUUGGAUUGAUUUUUGUUUCUGACCAAACCCGUUCAACCGCUUCAAAGCACUUUGGUUUGAUGUGACCGGUCACUGUCUACUGAGUUAAAGACCACUUUAAACAACACUGCCAACAGAGAGUAUGUAGAGGCAUUCUCACGUUUCAUUUCUGGAACUUUGUUUUUAAUAAUCUGGGGCUUUAGAUUUGGUUUCUUUGUAUUUUGUCAUUGUUUCAUGUAUUUUUGUACUAAUUAGCUGUUUUACACUGAAGCGUUAAGCUGAAAUAAACAUAUUGCUUCUCAA